AUGGCGCAAUUGAAGAAAACUAAUCUUAACUCAGUCAAAGACUUACAAAAAACCUCUGACGAACAUUUAAAUUCAGUAUUGCAACAAUUGGGGUACGAAGAAUCUUAUACCAUAACCGAUUUAAAACUAGGUCUAGGUAUAGCAACUGUUGCUAUUGCAGCCUUAUUGUUCCUUGCUGAUAAAAAGUACCAAUUUAAACAAAUAUACUCCAUAACGGUUGCUGCCUGUGUCAUUUACGGUUUGCUCAAUGCCGUUCUAUUCUUGAUCAAUUUGAAAUACAAGAAUGUAAAAUAUAUUGGAUACGAUUCCAAGGGCAAUAGAAUAAUAAUUGCAUCCGAUAUCAAAAACUAUGAACCUGAUUAUAAUGUGACCAUUACUGUCAAGGACACAGCUGUGACUGGGUCAAUACCGUUUAAUAAAUUUUUUGAUAUAGUUGGAUACCUCAAUAGAGACGAAUUCACGAAAUUGAUUGGUGACGAAAUAGCCAAGUCGGAAAAGAAACAUGAAUAA